AUGCUCCGUACGACUGUGCCUGCUGCCGUGUAGUAAAAGUGGAACCUUUGAUAUGGUGAAUGAGUACAUGUUUGACGAAUUGCUACAGAGAGAGAGAGAGAGAGAGAGAGAGAUACCUAUGGAUUUUGGGGUGGGACCCACAGGAUGAGUGCCCUCAGUCUUCGCGUUGUAGUGAAGGCGCAACCUUUGAUAUGAUGAACAAUGGGUCGAGUACGUGUUUGACGAAUUGCCACAGAGAGAGAGAGAGAGAGAGAUGAUCUAGACGGAGACCUGUAUUCCCUGUGGAUUCUGGGUGGGACCCACAGGACAAGCGCCCUCAGUCUUCGCGAUCUUCUCGCUCAUCUCGUUGUAGAGCAACUCAGCCUCCUGCAUGCGGCCUUCCUGCCUGAGGCCGUUCAGGAGCUCAUCCACUGUACCUGCGCUGGGAGACAAGCCCUCCUCCACCAUCUCUCUAACCAGGGCCUGGGCGCGGUCAAAGUCGUGCAACUUGCAGUACCCAUUGACCAACGUCCCGUAAGUGAGCCCGCUGGGGGCCACCCCGUUGGUCCGCAUGUCUUGGAAGAUCCUCCUCGCCUCCUCCAUGUCCAGCUUCCUGCACCAGCCCAUCACCAGGCUGGUGUACGUCAUCUCGUCGGCAGGGAUAUUCUUCUCCAUCAUCUCCUCCCGAAAAGUCAACGCCCUGUGGAUCUCCCCGGAGCAGGAAUACAUGCGGAUCAGCGCGUUGUACAGGGCCCUGUCAGGAACCAGCUCCUGCUCCUGCAUCUCCCUGUACAAGCCCUCCACCUGCUGGAUCAUCCCCUCCAAGCUCGCCGCCCUGAUCAGGAUGUGGAAGGUGGCUAUGGUGGGGCUGAGACCUUGCUUCUUCACCUCCUCGUAGACCUCGAGAGCCCUGCGGAUGUCCCCGAGCUUGCAGAACCCCAUGAUAAUGGAGUUGAAGGUGAUCAUGUCCGGGGGAGGACCUUUCUCUCUUAGCUGCGCCGCCAGCUCUUCGGCUUCCUUCACCUUCCCUUCUCUGCAGAGCCCGUCAAUGAUGGUGUUCAAGGUGACGAUGGUCGGGGAGAUGUUCUUCUCCUUCAUAUCUUCCAGACGCUUAAUGGCGUUCUCCACUCUGCCGGAUUUACAGUACCCACCGAUGAGGAUGUUGAAGGUCUGCGCGUUAGGGUUUAUUCCUCUAGUGGGCAUGUCCUCGAAGAGGAGCUCCGCUUCGGCGAGCUUGCCCUUCUUGCAGAGGCCAUGGAGGAGGGCCCCGUAG